GCAAAAUAGCUUAUCACGACCGUACGAAAUUCAAUUCGUACUCUUAAGUCUCCCUACUAGAACUUUCCACAGUAACAAUUCCGCGUUUGUUUGCGGUUGAAGUCGUUAAUGCACUCACCAAUUUUUCCUCUCUCGUCACCGCCAAACACCCGCCCAAUGGAGGUGAACACUUCGCCGGCGUUACCAAUGCAUCCGGAUUUAGGCCAGUUGAACGGAACCGGAAAUCCAGUGUCUCCGUCGCUCGUCAACUUGUAUAGAAUCACCAAAGUUGUGGAGCGUUUGGCUUUGCACGUUCAACCCGGCAACCGAACUGACUCUUUCGAAUUCUUUAACCUGUGUCUUUCACUCUCUCGAGGGAUUGAUUAUGCACUUGCCAACGGUGAAACUCCAUUAAAAGCUAAUGAACUACCUACGUUGAUGAAACAGGUUUGAAGACAUUACUUUUCCUUUUCCACGCAGAUGUAUCAAAGAAAGACAGAUGAACUAUCCCUAGCAGCUGUAAUGGUUUUGAUGAUCUCUGUGAAGAAUGCUUGUAAAAUUGGAUGGUUCCAGAAGAAAGAAUCAGAAGAACUCUUAACUAUUUCUGACGAGAUAGGAAAGAUCUACUGCACCCUGGGAAAUGUAAGUACCGGUCCUAGUUCUUGCCACUCUGCAAUGUUAACUAUAAUGGAAAGGUUCUAUCCAAAACUCAAAUUGGGUCCAAUAAUUGUAUCAAUCGAAGCCAAGCCUGGAUAUGGAGCUGCUGCUGUUGACUUCCAUAUCACAAAGAAUAAUGUUCUAUCAGACAAAAAAAUUUGGUUAUUGGUGGCACAAACUGAUAACAUUGAGACAUCUGCAUGCCUCAUCAGCCCUCAGCAAGUGAAUUUUCUCCUAAAUGGAAAAGGAAUUGACACAAGAACUAACAUUCGAAUGGAUCCUGGACCACAAAUGCCCACUAGUGUGACUAGUAUGCUUAAAUUUGGGACAAAUCUUCUUCAAGCUGUGGGUCAGUUCAAUGGUAAUUAUAUUAUACUUGUUGCCUAUAUGAAUGCUGCACCCUUGCCUGAGCAUCCAGUUCUUCCACCAGAUUAUGUUCAGCCUGCCGUUACUUCUGUCGACUCAGAUAUUAUCGAGGGGGCAUCCCGGAUCUCGCUUAAUUGUCCGAUAAGCUUUACGCGUAUCAAGACUCCAGUUAAAGGGCAUUCAUGCAAACAUUUCCAGUGCUUCGACUUUGACAACUUCACUAACAUAAAUUCUAAGAGGCCAUCCUGGCGCUGCCCCCAUUGCAAUCAGUAUGUCUGCUACACAGAUAUUCGUCUUGACAGAAAAAUGAUUGAGAUCCUGAAGAAUGUUGGCGAGAACGUUUUGGAAGUGAUUGUCCAUGCUGAUGGAUCGUGGAAGGCAGUCUUGCAAAAUGACCAUGAGGUGGAUAAGAUACAGAAUAAGGCCGCUUAUCGUGAAAAGGAACAGACUGAACAACAAGAAACUACGUGCUCCCCUAAUACCGUUCCUGAUGUUUUGGACCUCACCGAAGAUAAUUAUUUGGACAUAAUGGACACUUGUGAAACUACAGAUAGAAAGCCUUUCCAGGCCUCUGUUUCUUCUGGCGUUCAAAUAGAAGAUGACUUUUGGGCUGGAUUUUAUAUGAACAACAGUGGGUCUGAUGCCCCUACAGUUGGUAUCGACCAUCCCGUUCUGGCUGAUGCUGUUUCUCCGCCAUUUAAUCAGGAAGCCGAGGGUCAUGACAUUAUUCCUGCCAUAAAUUCUGCCAUGCAUAACCAGUUUUUUCCAUCAAAUAAUUUGCAGCUGAUGAAUUAUAUGAAUUCAUCUAAUGAAUAUGGGAGUUCAUCCGUGUCACCGAGACAUAUUCAAAGGACUCCAGUAGCUGUUCAGGCCCUCCCAAUCCAAUCUCAGACAUUAGGAUCACAGCAAAAUUCAGUAACUAAUUUGGAUUCCUUGAUUACCAGCAGUUUGUCUGCUACUCCUCAUGUUUCUUUGUCCAACCCCGCCUCCGCAGAUUCUUACAAUGCCAUACUGAGUGACCUAGAAAGACAGCAACUAUUUUCUCAAGCCCCACUGAAUAUGUCUCAGGUCUCAGCAGCAACACAGAACCGAGUACCACCAGGUAAUAUGUCAGCCACAACUCAGAACCGAGUGCCAUCAGUUAAUAUGUCAGCCCCAAAUCAGAACCGAGCACCAAGUCAUUUGCAAAACCCAUACAGAGCAGGUAUGCUGAAUGAUUUUAGAAAUUCACACCUGCAGCAAACUCUAAAUCCCCGGGCACACCAACCCAUGCAACCAUCGAAUACCCAAUGGUCCCACGUCCAGCAAGGGUGUCCAUCAAAUAACCAACAAGCCAGGGUUAUGGCUUCAUCACAUGUUGCCAGACAAGGGGAGCAACGAGGACCGCCAGUACAAGCAGUUUCUAGGACCAACGAAUUGUUCAAUUCUCAACCAGAUCAGAAUUGGCGUCCUACAUCACGAAUGCGUGGAAGUCUCACAGAUCGGCAACUUACUGAUGACAUUAGGCAGCGACUAAUUAUGCCAUCAUCCCAACAAGUUCAAAGUUCAAGACCACAAGGUGCACAACCAGUCCGAACAACAUCCCCACUGGAUGUGCUUAUUGCUAACAGUAGAAAUGCUCAUAAUAAUCCUUCGAGACCGUAAUAUUUUUGGGAGCCUUUAUUUGUGCAUGUUUGGAAAGAUAUAACGUAUUAGAGCGCUCAUGUUUUAUAUCCAUUGGUUGUAAAUAUUACUGACAAUAGAUAGGGAAACACAAAGAACAUGCUGGUAUUUUGAUUAUAACUUCACAUAAGCGUUUUCAACGUUGACUAAGUAAUUAAAUAGAGGAAGAUAUUUUGUUUACGUCAUUAUGGGGAAUUGAUUUGUUAUGAAGCUGAAGACAUGACAAGUGAAAGCAAUUUCGGGGGCUAAUAUAAUAUGCAAUUAAUAGAACAUGAUUUAUUUGGGAAUUGUAA